UGAUGAAAGAGAAAAGAGAGAAAGAAAGAAGAGGGACCCAGGCACCGCCCACAGCCAUAAGCACGCACCUCUAACGAAUCCCAACCCAUCUCCCAUCUAACCCUAAGCCCCACGAAACAAAACUCUCUCUCUCUCUCUCGUUCUCAGAUCAGAUCGGAUGAGAUGAGCAUCACCAAAACUUAACCCAACAAAUUCUCUCUUCUUCUUCUUCUACUUCUUCUUCCUCUUCCUCUUCUCUGCAUGUUCUUCCUUCUAAACCUCAACUAAUUUGGGAUUCUGUUUUCAAUUUCAAUUGUAACCCAAAACCCACAAAGGAAUUGGAUUGAAUUGAAACCCCAUGGAUGCCCACUCUCUUCCGCCUCCUUUCCACACCCGGGAUUUCCAUCUCCAACAACAAUACCACCACAACAGUAAUUCUGAAGAAGAACACAGCGCCACCACUACUCGUCUCAAACGAGAUCGCGACGAUGAUGACCACAACAACUCUGCCCCCACCAGCGCUGGGGACGCUGCCGCUGCUGAUGGAGAGAUUACUCGACGACCCAGAGGAAGACCCGCCGGAUCCAAGAAUAAACCCAAGCCACCAAUUAUUAUUACUCGCGACAGUGCCAACGCCCUUCGAACUCAUGUCAUCGAAGUCACCGACGGCUGUGACAUCGUCGACAGCGUCGCCACCUUCGCUCGCCGCCGCCAGCGCGGCGUUUGCAUUAUGAGUGGUACUGGCACCGUCACGAACGUCACUCUCCGCCAGCCGGCCUCCCCUGGUGCAAUUGUCAACUUACAUGGUCGCUUUGAGAUCUUAUCUCUUGCCGGCUCCUUCCUCCCUCCGCCGGCUCCUCCGGCUGCAACCAGCUUAACCAUUUACCUCGCCGGCGGUCAGGGGCAGGUAGUCGGUGGUAGCGUUGUUGGUACUUUGGUCGCCUCCGGCCCCGUCGUCAUCAUGGCUGCCUCGUUUAGCAACGCUGCUUAUGAACGCCUGCCGUUGGAAGACGACGACCAACCGCCCAUGCCGCCACUGCAGGGCGGAGGCGGAAUUGGGUCUCCGGAUGAAGUUGGACAGUCCCAACCGCCGCAAACAGCGCAUCAUCAACAGCAACAACAACUUCUGGGCGACGGAAAUGUGCCGUUAUUUCACGGUUUGCCUCCGAAUCUGUUAAACUCAAUUCAAAUGCCGCCAUCGGAAGCAGCUUAUUGGGGUACUGCUCGACCUCCAUACUAACCCCCC